AUGACUGGCGCUGCGCUGGCACGGUAUCCAACCGUUACAUCACGAUCUUCAGUAGCUGGAGCCACACCAGAUGACAACAUCCCAUCUGCUCAAGCCUUACACCAAGAUGUCUCGUCCAUGCUGCCUGCUCCCUCAACGGAAACACCUGGAUCGACCUCUCAGCUCAGCACCCCGGUUAAGGCGGGCAUCAUCGCUGCCUCGAUCGUCGUGUUCCUACUCGUGCUCCUACUGGUACUCGAGUACACCUAUCUACGCCGCAAGCGCCACGACCGCGCACUCCAACAAGCAAUCGACGAGGUAGAACGAGGGACUGAGCUGAAGAGGAUAACAGAGAGUGAAAGCAAAGAGAAAAUGGUUUUGGAGAGUAGGGUCGAGAUUGUUGAGGAUGAUGAAGGACAGGAUAGUGUGAGGGGUAGCUGGGAUGGUGAGGGUCCAUGGGAUACAGGUACACACGACGAAGAUGACCAUGGAGACUUGAGUGAAUGGGGAAGAGGGCGAAGGCGAGAUGUUGGGCGGAAUGGAAUGAGCCUUCCGCGAAGAGGACGUUAG